AUGAAAAGAACAAAUGUCCUUGGUUCGCAACAGAAAGUGUCUCAAGACAGUCUCUACCUGGUUGACAUGCUUUUCGCACAAGUACUGUCCGUAUUACUACCUUACAACUGGUGGACCUUCCUAUGCCUAACAUUUAUCUGGGUAGUUGUGAACACCCAUGCGACGGUAAUCUUUGAGAAAUCUUGA